AUGUCUGAUCUUGCUCCAAACCUUCCUCAAGAACUCAUCACCGACAUCCUGUUACGUCUCCCAGUUGAAUCAAUUGGGCGUUUCAGAUGUGUUUCAAAACCAUGGAAAUCCUACCUUUCGAACUCCAAAUUCAUCAAAUCCCACUUGAAAUUUCACAACCCAGAAAAGGUUAUCCUCCUCGCAGCUGAUCAUUCUCCCUACAUCUUAACUUUCACUAAACAGAGCCGGGCUCAAAUUGGUGGGUUUUCAAGACAGAUCAUUUGUCCGUUUUUACAAGACAAGAAUUGGGCUAAGCUGGAAGGUUCAUGCCACGGGUUGAUUUUACUAGUGACUGAAAAUCGGGGUAAGUUUUUGAUGAAUCCCGUUACUUCAGAAGUUGAGAAUUUGCCUGUAUUUGAUUCAUCCUUAGACCCUUUAAUGAGUUUUUGUAUGCACGGUUUUGGAUAUGAUGAGGCUAAUGAUGAUUACAAAGUUGUUACGCUUUCGUAUUAUGACACGGAUAAUGAAUACGAACCGGAUUGUGCUGAAACAUUUGUGGAUAUUUAUAGCUUAAAAUCGAGAAUUUGGAAGAGAUUGCCCUGUUCUCCUUACGAUCAUGCUGUCCCUAGUAUUUCCCCUGGAAUAUUUGUAAGUGGUUGUUUACAUUGGUUGGCUAGUAGUCGGAGAAAAGGGUAUCCUUCAGUUAUUGCUGCUUUUGAUUUGGCCAAAGAGGAAUUCGAGGAAUUACCGCCUCCUAUAGGCGUUGAUGAAGAUAAAUUCGUGUUCAACGAGCUUGCUGUUCUUGGAGGGUGUCUUGCGUUGUUUAUUGAUUCGUACAAGGGUCACAUUGAUGUUUGGGUGAUGAAAGAGUACGGCGUGCGAGAUUCUUGGACGAAGAUCGCCAUCGAUUGUCCUGAGGACAGAAGAGAUGCGGAUUCGUGGAAGCCUGUUUGUUUUUUGGGAGAUGAUGAGAUUGUUCUGGUGAUGGAUUGUGAGAAAUUGGUUGCACAUAAUUUCAGAAAUGGAGGUUGGAGGGAUAUGGAAUUUGAUGGCGUUCCUGAUUCGUUUGGAGAGGGAGUAAUGACUUUUAAAGAUAGCCUUCUGCCUCCCCAUUCAUAA